AUGGAAAGAUUAACAGCUACGAUUAUAAGCGCUGAUAUGCAUGAAGAUAUACAACAAAAAGCUGUUGAAACAACUGUUACUGCAAUAGAGAAAUACACUGUUGAAAAAGAUAUUGCAGCUUAUAUUAAAAUGGAAUUUGAUAAAUAUUAUCAUCCAACUUGGCAUUGUAUUGUAGGUAAACACUUUGGAAGAAGUUAUAGUAGUUACAAUCUAUUAACAACAGAAAAUUACGUUGUUUUGAAUAAUAAUAAUAAUAAUAAUAAUAAUAAUAAUAAUAAAGUAUCUCCAUUUUAA